GCCAGUUUAUUCAGACACCAGCCUGGGAAAUCCCAUUUAGAUGGUUUGGGAGGUGCUGGGGACUUAUAAGCCUUACAGUCCUUUGUCAUCCUGAUGUUAAAACAGACUGGAAGGGUUCUGCAGAUUGUUCAAGGCGUUUUAUCUGGACAGACAAGGGUUACACUGUUGGGGUUAGCACCCAGAUAUGGACAAUAACAACCAAACUGAGGAAAUCCAGCAGGAAAGUGUAAUCCGUCGGGUUACCAGGCUCCCUCUUAUCUGUUCAGCCUUCCAGAUCCUAUCAUUUGCUUACCAUGAUGUGAAAACAGUAAAUCCUGUGGUGGAUUUUUUAUUUGAUGUUUCAGAAAGAAGUAUAAAGGGAGUCAGUCGGGUAGCUGCAAUGGGGUUGUCCCCUUUCCUCAACGUCUUAGAACCACAGAUUGCUAUGGUUAACAGAGCAGCUCUACAGGUGGUGGAACAGUUGGAGGUCAGACUUCCCGUACUGGACCAGCCAGCAGAUGAGGCUAUUUCAGAGUUAAAGGACAGUUUUGUUGGUAGGGUGCAAUCUUUUAAAAACCGAAUCCUGAACAGGACACAGAACGUGCUGGACAGAGGGCAGAACCUAUUGCAGGACAUUCAGGAAGCUGUUUCUCUAGUCGCUGUCACUUUUGGAACCAUGGGUGUCAGAGAGUUGUUGAGGCUGGGAGCUGACCUUGCAGUUACACAGGCAACAGACCUGGUGGAUUACUACUUGCCAGACGAGGAAGACAAAGGUGGAGAGCAGGAAUGCAGCACAAGCGAGGAAGCAAAGGAACCUGAACGUGCUGCCCCCAACCUACUGUCUAGAUGCAGAUCUCUGGUGAUCUCUAUAAUCAGAAGAGGUUUAAAGAGACUAAAUCCCAUUCCCUAUCUGGACACAGUCUGGGGUUUUCUACAUGUUGCAAUCAAUUUGCUACUGAGCUUUCCUUAUAAGCUGCAGGGAUAUUUUCAACAAGCAACAAGGCUUCUUCUUUUCCGUCCUGUUUCCAAUGAAUUUCAGAAGAAAACAGCAUCUCCCAAGACUCUGAAGAAGAUGAAUUCACCCAAGAGAUUAGUACAGCAUUCUCCAGGCAGAAGAAGUUCAUACUUUAAAGCAAACAGCUCAGGCCACCUCAACAGGGUGUCGCUUAACACAAACGCAAAAGGAAAAAGGUUCUCGCAGGAUGUGGAUAAUGAAAUGGUUCAGAACAAAUGCAACAGAAUACAGAGUGUAGAAAACUCAUUGUACCCAUCCAGCUUCCUGGAAGAAUAGAGGGAUCUCAGCUGUCACAUUCUAACACUGAUUUUGCCUCUAAUUUACCAACAAUUGGAUGUGUCAUAAUUUGAGAAAAACAAAUAUGUUUAAAAAAUAUAUUGCUCAUGAGAAACAAG